AUGAAGUACCUACUUGUGGUGGUAGCCCUGCUGCUUUGCGUCGAGGUGGGCGCGGUGACGAAUCCGGUCAUGUGGAUUCUGGUGCACCACUCUCUCAAAGCGGCACGUGAAGAUCCGAUCGUCAGUCCGGGGCAGCUAUCGUCGCACGCACACUCGUUCGUAGGUGCCAACGGGGUGUCUGCCACCACGACCACCGCUUCGUCUCUCGAAGAAGCGUCGACGUGCACCACUGCGGGACUGACGGCCGACAUGUCGGCGUACUGGGCGCCCUCGCUCUACUCGUACAAUGCGGACAACGAUACGUUCACGCCACGCACGCUGGACUAUGUCAAUACCUACUACCUCGGACGCGGCAGUGCACCGCUCGUAGCCUUCCCGCGUGGACUGCAGAUGCUAGCCGGCAAUGCGACGCGUCGAGGAGCCGGACCAACGCAACAAGCCGACGAUGCGGUCUCGUUCGUCUGCCUCAACUAUGCCGAUGGAAGCUCGCAGAGCCCAACGCUGCCGGAGCGAUCGUGUCCACAGGGUCUGCGGACGCAGGUGAUCUUUCCGUCGUGCUGGAACGGGCAGGAUCUGGUCUCGAAGAGCCACUCGCAUGUGGUGUAUCCGCUGGGGGAUAUCUCGCAGGGCAGCUGCCCCGACUCGAACCCAAUCCGACUGCCCACGCUGUUCUACGAGUUUGUCUGGGGCGUCGGCUCGACCAACAACGCGGGCAAUUCGAGCUGGGUGCUGAGCAACGGCGAUGCGAUCGGAUACUCGUUCCACGCCGACUUUAUCUCGGCGUGGGACGAGAGUAUUCUACAGCAGGCGCUCGACGAGUGCCGAGGUGCGCUGUUCAACGAUCUCGAGUCGUGUCCGCCGCUGGCAAAGACGCUGGAUCGCAAAAAGUCGCAGGCGUGCAGCGCGCAGUCGAGCGAGGCGACGAGUGGCAACAUCGAGUCGCUGCCCGGCUGCAAUGUCGUCUGGAACGGUCCCCAUGCGGGCAAAGGGCUGGCGGAAGGAUGCGACGCCAACAAGCUCAUGCUCAAGCCUGCCAGCUGGCCUGCGAGCAGCAGCACCUCGGCGGCGUCAUCGGCUGCGUCAGCGGCAGCGACAUCGGCAUCGGCGGCGCAAACACAGAAGCCCAGCCAGGCUGUCGUCGCAGCAGCGAGCCAGAGCGCAAAGACGAGCGCAACUCCCAAAGUGCUGCCCAAGCCAACCUCCAAGUCGAAGCCCAAACCAAAGCCAAACCCAAAGCCAAACCCAAAGCCAGUCAAAAAGCCAAAGAACAAGAAACCGAGCAAAAAGCCGCUCGCCAAGUCCCAAACGCGCAAACCCAAGAACCGGCACUAG